CCAAGCAACGCGGUUCCUGUGCUAUUAAUAAAAUCGAUCAGCCACGACGAGACGAGAGGUAAGAUCUCGACUUGGGAACUCUCACAAGAAGACGCCCAGAGGAGAGGAGAGGAUGCUGCUGAGGAGCUCCUCCACGCCAUUCCUGCACGCCUUCCUCUCCACCACCUCCUCCUCCCCUACGCCCCCCUCCUCCCUCCAGCUCCGGCGAGCCUUCUCCGACGGCCACCUCCCUUCGCUCAACCCCUCCUCCUCCGGCGACGACGACAGCAAGACCACCGGCCUCUACACCGAGCUCUCCUUCUCCAUCUACAACACCUUCAACAAGGCCAAGCUGGAGCCCCACCAGGAGCAGGAGAUGGAGGAGGAGCAGGAGCAGCAGGCGGCGCAGCCGGAGCUGCCGGAGCUGCCGCUGUUCCUGGCGAGGGGCAUGGGGAUCGACCGCCUCGCCUCCGGCCUCUUCACCGCCGGCAUGGGCUCCGAGGCUGCCCUGGCUAGGAUGGCCAGCGGGGUGGACCAGAAGGCCGUGCUGGCGCUGGACGCCCAGUACAAGGAGAUGGUGGACGAGCAGCCCGGCAACGCCCUGUUCCUGCGCAACUACGCGCAGUUCCUGCACGAGGUGAAGUGCGACUCGAGAAGGGCGGAGGAGUACUACUCGCGCGCGAUGCUGGCGGACCCGACCGACGGCGAGAUCAUGUCGCAGUACGCCAAGCUGGUGUGGGCGGUGCACCGCGACCACGAGAGGUCCCUCACUUACUUCCAGAAGUCGGUGCAGGCGGCCCCGCGGGACAGCCACGUCCUCGCGGCGUACGCCAGCUUCCUGUGGGAGCAGGACGAGGAUGAGGACGACAAUGACGACGGCGGUGUUGGGGGAGGCGAGCAGGGAUCACCCGGGCGUGCUGCGCAGCCGAGGCAGCUGGCUUCCACGGCCGUUUGACUACCAGGGGUGGCCAAGAUGGGCUUAACGAUGUGCGUGCUGAUGAGUGAUGACCAUGCUUGUAUGAUGUUUCUGUAUAAUCUGCAAAAUGUUUGGACGAUCGAGGUGCUGCUACGGAAUAAAGAACGUAACUGUUGAGGCGAUGGAAGGCUGUACCUGUAAAAACUGGUGAUUCCGUCUGCCGAUGCAAAGUUGCUAUACUAUGUUUAUUGGCUAA